AUGGUGCCUCCAAUGGGUUGGAUCGAGCCACAUCCUGAGAGUUGCAAUGAGUUGCAUUCUGAGCUCUUUCGAGAGAUGUUCUUGCAGACCUUUCCCACCGUAGGUGUGUCCAGGCCCCACUUGAUUGAGGAGGCAUCCGAGACGAAAUCCGGAGUGAGGUAUUUGUGGAGGGUUGGAGGAGCCCAUGAGUUUGAGCUUCCUUUGCAGGAAGGCGAGCUCUAUGAGAAGAGGCUCCCAUACCAAAUCGCAGAGUGGUAUUCACAAUUCUCGAAGCAAGGUGGUAUUCUCUACCCGCCUCCAGAGACGUACGUGUACUACCAGAACAAGGUGGGCUUGGCCAAUUUGUUCAAUGAGCGCAAGGUGAAGAUCCCUGCCACCUGGGUGUUUUCCAGCUUUGCAGAAGCAGAAGCAGAGCAAGACAACAUCCAAUUCCCUGUGGUCAUCAAGGACCCCUACGGAUAUUCCAGCUUGGGUUUGAUGCAAGCAGCAGACAAGGAAGAGUUUCUCAAGAAUGUGAAGCUGCACUUCGAGCAUGCCCUGCCUGGUGUGGAGACCAUCGUCCAAUCCAAGGUUGUGGCUUUGCGGGAAGCUCGUGUGACUUACAUUGAGGGGAGGCCCUUCCAUGCGUACUGGCGAAUCAGGAAGUCUCUGGAUUCCGCUUCGGCCGCCAGCAACCUCGGAGGAUACCAGGACUUUGAUUUCCCCAUGCAGGAUAUUGCACCCUACGUUGCCGAGUUUGCGAAUCAGACUGGAAUACCUGUUGGAGGUGUUGACUUCAUAUGGGAAGCGGCGGAUGCAGAUGUGAAGACGACGCCAUAUACUCUGGAGGUUUCGCCCACCAGUGACAUCAAUCCGCAAGGGCCCAGAUUACCACGCUUGAUCCACUGGAAAUCGAUAGAAUUUGAGGCCAGCACCACCCUCCUGGCACAAGACCUACAAGGAGUUCAAGAAGACGAAAGGCCAGAUGAGAAGCUCGUUAGGCUCUGUAGGAAUGCACAGAAGGAGAUGCAAAGGCUUUUAGACUACAAAGGAUUUCAUGCAGCAUGGGGCUUAGUGACAUGCAACAAGGUCAAUGAGACAGACUUGAUGACCUUGGCAGUCAUCGACAAGUAUCGCCGCGAGCGCAAGGACUUGUUUGUUGACAUUGACAACGUAGUGGCACUUUCAAUGGAACGUGUCAGGCGAUGUAAGGGAAACAAGAAGGCCUACACUGCUGCAGAGGUUAUGCAAGACAAGCCGGUUCCCGGUGCUGCAGAAGCCCUCCGAAGGCUGCGGGAACACUACUUCAUCCGCUUCCUAACGGCACGAGGGUCGUACGAGGAUCCUUUCAAUGUCACUCAGACCUGGCUUGACCUCAAGGGCUUCGAGUAUGACGAGCUUAUUGUGGUUGACGGACCAGAAUCGAAGGUGGCUCAUUUAUCAGCAGACUCGAUUUUGGUAGAUGACUUCACCCUGGGGCAUGAGAAGGAGGAGCCCAGCAUCAACCAGAAAUUCAUAGACCAGCUCACAUCGGUUGGGCACUUGGGAAUUCGGACUUGGAAGGCUUGGAAAUUUGAUGCCCGAAGUUGA